AUGCCGCCCGACGACGCGCGCGCGAGCGCGAAAGAUCGCUCGAGCGCUCCCGCGGAAACCUCCGUCGACGAGACGUCGCGCUACUUCACCGACGGCGAGCGCGAGUGGUACGACAGCGAACGAAUCCGAGCGUGCGCGACGCACUUGCUCGAGCGGUGCGCGACGUGCGGCGAGGAUCAGAGCGUGAGCAACGAUUACUGGAGACGCGUGCAGCGGGAGAGGUACGUGCGAGCGGUCGCGACGCGGGUGGCGACGAAAGACGCCGCGAAACCGCGCAGAGUGGUGGUGGAGGUGGAGUGUCCGCUGUUCGCGCUCGCGCGCGGCGGAAACGCCGUCUUCAACGUGAGCGUCGUCGCGCCUCUGGAGAACUUGUACGCGAAGGUGCGCGAGCGCAUAGCGAAGGUCGUCGAAAAAUUAAGGCACGAAGGCUUUCCUUUCCAGGCUUCGGGCCUGGGAGAAGAAAUCAAUGAUUACGUGAAUCAAUUCUACCUCUCCAGGAUGGAUUCUGAACGAUACACGGAAAACGGCGUACACGUAUUCACACACAUUCUCUAUCGCGAUGAAACCCUGCUGGAUUGCAUGCCGACCGUGAUUGCAAACCAACCGACGUUGUCGAAGUUGAUUACCGAAAAAUCGAUGGAAUUACCUCCAUAUCCGCUACUUACGGCUGUCCUGAAGUCGUGCGUCCAACACAUGUUUAUCAUCGCCGACGCGUACGAAAGCACGGUGCAGCAGUUGGGUGAACCGAAUCAUUCACUUUCGGACGAAAUUUUCUGGAUGAAUCCAGGCGAUACAUUUCAGCGGCACUUCGUCGAUAUGUGCAAUUUUUUCAAUCGUCCAGUAGACGAUGUGCGUUUCGUGGCGUGCGAUUCGGAUAGAAAAUUCUUCGUCGUGGAGCCGACGGAUACGCCUGAGAAGUUGCAUUUGAGAGACCAAACCGAAUUAGUGAUGGUAAACAGAGCUUUGAUGUCUACGAUUGAGUUUCUUCAGCACAGGGGAAGCAAGCUGUUCACACGACCAGCAGGGGGUGUUUAG